AUGCCUUUCGAUUGGCAACACUCCAUGGCAUUUUAUGCAUUGGCCUGUGCUUUCCAGAUUUUCUGUCUGUGUAUACAUGCAACUUCCACUAUAUGUAAUGACAUCUAUUCAGUGGUAUAUUUAUUGCUUUUGGUGGCUCAUUUACGCGUCUUAAAUGAUCGCAUUGUGCGGCUAGGAAGCGCCUGUGAAUUCGAGUACGAGUAUAUGAACGAGAGCCACAAAGAAAUGGAACAUCAUCAACAGCUUGCGGAAUGCGUGCGAGAUCACAAGGAGUGCAUGCGCUUCUACAAUUGCAUACGGCCUCCCAUUGCGGCAACCAUCUUCAUUCAAUUUGUCAGCACUGCUCUUGCGCUCUGUACAUCUGCUGCUGCUUUCGUGAGCGAAGAUUUUAGUUUGUUACAGUUGAUGAAAUUUUUUCUUUAUUCUGUAGUUGUACUAUUUGAAAUUGCUCCAUGUUGUUGGUUUAUGGACGAAGCUCUAGCUCAAAUGCAUAAAUUGACUAAUUCACUGUUUUCCUGUCGUUGGUAUGAGCAGGAUCACAAAUUUCGUCGUUCUCUGAUAAUUUUCAUGCAACGCUCACAGGUAGCGGAUAAAAUAUUGGCUGGCAAUAUUGCACCGGUAUCAUUGGAUACAUUUGUUAAGAUUAUAAAAUUUGCCUUUUCUUUGUUUACACUACUCAAACAACUCAAGUAA